AUCAGGUGCCGUAUCUAACUUAGUUUAGAUAACCGUUAUUGGUCUUACGGAGUACUUCAAGAAGUCUGGUUCUCCUCUUAUAAAGGUCGGAAAAUUUUAACCUCAUUGUUAGUUGGUAUGUUAUGUCUUAGUUUAGAUGGAAUAGCGUUUGAAUCAAGGUAUGUUAUGUGUUAACUACAAAAUAUUAAACGAAUUUUCUAUGAACCAUUUUAGUUACAAAAUAUAAGAAAACUAAAACAUAUAUAUGUCGUUUAUAAAAAUAUAAAAUAAUUUAAGCCAAGCAGUAGAAAACUUGAACUUACAUCGCAUAAUUUUUACAACUCUUUUGAUUAAAGUUGGAAUAUUAUAAAUUAGUUAAAAGUUAUUAUACUGCAAAUUAUAUAGAGAAUCUAGCAAACUCUGGAGCUUGUAUUGAAAAUUACUUUUAAGUGACUCAAGUGUUGAGUAAAUCUGAAAUCCCAAAAUAAGAUAUGAGAUUCUAUUAAUAAAUUUACAAUAAAAAUCUAAACCUCUUUAACUAUAUACUAAAUUUGAAAUUGACUCUUACAUUAUUUCUCAUUUAAAUUGCAAAUAUUUGAAUUUUAAAUAACAAAAAUGACGUUCCUACACUGAUGAAAAUCUGGUGUGACUAUUUUUGAUGCUGAUGAUUAUUUCAACUAUGUUAAAUUGGAAUAUCAUAAAAUGUGUCCAAAAUUUCCAUGAAAUCGUUUCAUCUCUCCUUGUCUCAACAUGCAAGUCUUUCUUUCAUAAACUCAAAUAGUUAAAGUACCCAAAACACAAAUCAAAAUCAGUCAAAACUAGGGUAGAACACAGUCUACAUUUCUAGCAAUAAAAAAUAUCAAACAAAACCCUAAACCCAAAAUAAAUAAAUAAAUUAAAACAUAAAUCCAAAAAAAAUAAAGCCUACAUUUAAAAACUAAAAUCCAAACUCCUAAAACCUAACUUUCUAAUCCUUCAAAAGAUACGUUUCCUAAAUUUCAAAGAUUCAAAUUGUCUUUAAAAUUUUUAAAGAAAUUUCUCAACUUUACCCCUAUAAACUAUCGUAUUUCUAAUUUUUUUUAAAAUGAUACACUUUGCUUAAACAUGAUAUUUUAUGUGGUUUUACAGAAAAAAAAUAUGUAACUGUUGUGCCCACUGAUAUACGAACAACCCUUGACUAAUAGCUAGGGACGUCAAAAUGAAAAUUUGGAAACGACAAAUCUUUUCACAAUCUUUAUGGAAUCGUACGGGGGAACCAACUCAGGUCAUUAAAGCUUCUUUUUGACAAAACCCUAGAAAAAAUGAUAAUGUUUUUUUUUCAAAGAAAAAAUGAUAAUAUUUAUGUUGUAUAUACAGAACAAUAUAUUCCUGAUAAAAAAACUUUCACAAAACAAAAAACUAUUUUCCUUCAUAAAAGUAAAAUAAAAACCACCAAAAAUAACAGAGUUGAAUUUUCAUAGCAAGUAGGUAGAAUUAGUAACCAUUAGAUAAAGGACACCGCUGGACAAAAGAAUAGCAGAUCUAUAUAUCAAAAACAAAUCGAAAGAAAAGCAGAUUAUAGGAAAACAACAAUACAAAAUACUUUACAUUCAAGAACAUCGGUGUAUCCUGAGUCUUAAAAGACUGGUCUUAUCAUCGAAUGGAAACAAAUCCCUUCACAGGUCGUUUUCUGUUGUUGAAUUUUAUAUUUCAGGACCACUUCUCAAAUUUAUUGGACAUGUCAGAAAUUGCCAUUGCCAAGACUAAAUACGAAAAUACCUACUUGUAUGUGUAUAUAUACAUAGUAAAAAUAUAUUCUAAGAUGAUACUAAAAGUGGUUGAGUUUGAGGUUAAUUCCUAGUAUAUAAUCGCAUUAACCAGUAUAGGAUCGGGAAUCGGAAACCCUAAGUAAAAUUUAAACCCUAGGCUAAAGAAAUCAAACCGUAAUUGAAACGAUAUACCUAAAUCAGAUUCAAAAUCAUCUUUUGCAAGCAGAUCAUCAGUUAAUGAACAAAAACUCAUGCCUUGGUCACUCUACAGUUAACCACUUUCUUGUUACGCAUCUCAUUCAUGCAUACUAUCUCUAUAGAUUUUCUUGUCUUGGUCUGAGAAUUGUACGCUUACUCUCCUCUCUCUCCCUCUCUCUUUCUUCUUUUCUAUUUCCUCUUUUUAGCUGAUUCUCUCUUUUGAUGAUGUGAAAGUUGUGGUCUUGUUUCUAAAAGAAAACUACAAUUAUUGAUUCUUGGUUCUUGAUUCUUGAUUUUAAAUUUGUGAAGGUCCUUAAGCUCGGUGAUGUCUUCUUCCAACAAUGAUUACAUUAAUGGUAACAAUGGAGUGUACCCUCUCUCUCUUUACCUUUCUCCACUCGCUGGCCAUCAAGACAUCAUCCGUAAUCCCUAUAAUCAUCAGCCAACACCAUCUCCGGGCCAAAUGGUAUCAGCAGUGCCUGAGUCUCUGAUGAACUACAUGUCUUUUAGCUCAAACCGUGCUGUGAAUCAGCAAGGGUUCAAGAUUCAUGAGGUGUCUAGAGAAAUCAAGAAGGCGGUGAAGAAAGAUAGGCAUAGCAAGAUUCAGACGGGACAAGGUCUUAGAGACAGGAGGGUAAGGCUUUCUAUUGGAAUUGCUCGUCAGUUCUUCGAUCUCCAGGACAUGUUGGGAUUUGACAAAGCCAGUAAAACAUUAGACUGGUUACUCAAGAAAUCAAGAAGAGCCAUCAAAGAGCUUGUCCAAGAAAAAAAGCUCAACAACACUGAUGAAGAUUUUGGAAAUAAAGGAGGUGAAGUUGAGGAGGAAGAGGGUGAUGAUGGCGAUAAGAGCUUUUUGUAUGGUUCAAGCCCUGAUUCUUGGGAAGAAGAAGUGGCAUGUGAGGUCAAGAAGGCACAGAAGAGAAAUAAGAAGAUUGAUCUUAGCAACAUAUCUUCAAAGGGAUCAAGAGCCAAAGCUAGAGGAAAGGCAAAGGAGCUGACCUAUGAUCAUCCAGAAACCAUCUCCGAGAUCACACAAACUGAAACCAUAGACCCGCUCAAGAGGUCUAUAAUCUCCAAUGAAGGAGAACACAUGACACAUUCUCUCUACAAGGAAGCAACCCAAGAGUUCGAUAGUCAAGAAUGUAUCUUAAGCAAGACGAAGGUCAAUCUUCCCACCAAUAUGGAUCAAAUUUACAACCAGAAUUAUGGAACGUUUAUGUUGAAAGAUCAGGGUUCUAGCAGCAACUAUAAUAAUAUUCUGCCUCAAAACUUGGAUUUUUAUUAUGAUCAAAACUCUUUUAUUGAUCAACCCUUUUGUGCAGUCACCAAGACGAGUUUCCCCAGGGGGUUCCCAUAAAUCUUGAUAUUUUCGGACCAGUAAGCAUCAAAUUUAAACAUGUAAGGCAAAAUAAUCGUGUGUUCCUUUUGUAUGUAUAUUUAUAGUUAUUUGUGUUCUUGGAGACAUGUUAUCUGAUCUUCUGUGACACAUUGAUCAACACAUUUCCUUUUUAAGAGUAAGUUUGUAAUGUGGAAGCAUGUCUUUGGUUAUGUUUGGCCAUCAAAUAUGUGGAGUAUAGACCUUAGCUUUGA